CUGUCAUUGGGCCCCUCUAUUGGGUGUUCUGUUUGUUGGGUAGCGCGUAUUGAUAUUCCACACUUAUCGCAUCAGCACUGAAUGGUGCAGGCAGAAGAGCAGAUCCAGUGUGUUGUCUGCUGGUACAAGGCCUGGAGCCCCGAGUGUCGACAGCAGCUGCUGGAUUUUCUUGUGCUCCAGGCUGUCCCAGACAGUGUUGAUUCUCUCCUUCAGGGUGUCAGCCAGCUCGGAGUCUCCUCUGAGCACUCCACGUUCCAGUGCCAGCUACGCCUGCUAGCACACUGGUUCAGCCAGUGGAGCGACACCGCCCGCAACCGGCUGCUCCAGCUGCUGGACAUCGCCGACGCGCAGUUUAUGCCGCAGUUCCGCGCGCGCACGACACGAUGACGUCACACUCGGCCAGCUACAGCCAGCCAGAGCAGUUGAGCUUCGUCACCAACUGGUUCUCCACCUGGAGCAGCCUGCAGCGCGAGGACUUCGCGCCGGCGCUGGCGCAGAAGCUACAACCACGUCUCUACGUCAACGGUCUGAUCGGCGGCUUGGAGCGGCUGGGCCGGCCGCCAUCCAUCUUCCAGUGCCAGGUGAAGCUCUUCCAGGAGUGGAGCGACGCGUGGACGGCCGAGCAGCGCGACCAGCUGCGCGCGCGCCUGGUGGCGGCGGACGCGGCGUUCGGUCGCCAGCUGGAGGCGGCGCUGGGUGAGGCCGAUGGCCGCGAGAGUGGCGCCGACUCGGGCAUGUCGGACGGCACGGCGCCGGACGCUGACGUCGACGCCGACGCCGACGCCGACGCCGACGCCGACGCCGAGCUGGCCACUGAGGACGCCAGCAUCGACAGCCAGAGCAGCGAACUGACGCCCACCGAGAUCUGAGGCGGCCCGAAAGAGGGCCGACGGCCGGCCGCCCCGGGCGAGGCUUGGGCGCGCCGGGCCGGGCUCGGCCACGCGGGCCGGGCUCGGCCGCGUCGGGCGGGGCUCGGCCGCGCCGGGCCAGGCUCGGCCGCGAGGUCUGCGGACGUGGCGCCCAGGCGCUCUCCGCCAAGACCGGACUGCGAGUUUGGACGUGAGAUAACGGGACAUUCCACCUUGCUGUACGCGUAGCGGCUCCGCAGGGGCUUCGCACAGUUUCCAAGCGAUCAAAUCUGUUAUACAUUGGCUGUUGUUAACUCUUGCCACUUGGGUUGUUUGGCUCAGCAUUCGGGGCUAGUGCUUGCUCGAGCCGUAGUUUGCUCUCAGGCUCUCAGUUUAACUGGAUGUGUUUCUACGCUGACAACAGGUGUCCAGCCCUCGAGGCACGCUCUCAUGCAAUAGAAACUCCGGUCCGUGGUACGGUUGGUACGCUGUAUGCUGCAUAUCUGUUUUUUUGUUGCAUAUCGACGUUUGCCUGUUCGUGACUACGUCUUCUUACUGCAUAUCUACAAUCCGCAUUAAGCUGUAUGAAUUCAUGCACAAUAAGUAAUAAGCUACUAUUGGUUUCAUUUAAGCCAUUGUUAUGAACGGGGUCAGUUUCUUCGCGCUUAGGCUGCACAUUGCGGGUUAUACCGUCCGCCUCAGGCGUCCACUGUUGACCUCAUGACAAGGGACGUGAAAAGUGCGCCUCUUUCUGAAUCUUCUCUUGUCUUUUCGUGGUUGAGCUGGGAUACAGAGUUCGCAGUGUCGCUCACCGAUCAGGACAGUGACGGGGCGUCCUGCGUGCUCACAACUCACCGUUGCUGACACCAGCAGCGGCCGCAGAUCUUGCCCCUGUGGUGGCGAAGAGAUUACGUACUCGUCUCUCGAGCACCGAGAACCUUUGAAGUGGCUUUGAUGGGUGCAGGAUGGGCGGCAUUGUCGGCAUGGAUCAUUGGCGGCCCGGGCUGUGUGCCGUCUCCCAUGACACUGGAGUAACCUCUCCGUAGGUCUGGCGACAAAGUGGUGGAGGGGCCUCGACAGGCCCUUGUAGACAAGGACUGUUGGCUUUCUGUCAUAGUUGAUAGCCUCCCGCUCGACGGUGGCAGCGGUAUGACAUUAUUUUGUACGACUUCGGUAGAAUACACAUCGCGACUGUU